AAACACUCCGCUGACACAAACGCGCAUGCGCAGUUAGUCUCCUUCACUUUGUCCUGUUAGCAGUUAAGUGUCAAAUCUGAAACACAGGACAGCAAAAACCUUCUGCUUUCUUUUCGCUUCAUCGUUUUGUCUGCCUGCGCAACAGCGUCCUCGUCAUAAUGGCUGUUCCUCCUGCGUAUUCAGACCUGGGAAAAUCGGCCAAGGACAUUUUCAGCAAGGGUUACGGUUUUGGCAUUGUUAAACUGGACCUCAAGACUAAAUCUCAAAAUGGAGUGGAGUUUAACACAUCUGGAUCAACCAACACGGACACGGGAAAAGCCGCCGGGAGUUUGGAGACCAAGUAUAAGCUGAAGGAUCUGGGUUUGAGUUUCAACCAGAAGUGGAACACGGACAACAUGCUCACGACUGAAGUCUCUGUGGAAGACCAGCUUGCAGAGGGGCUCAAAGUGGCCCUGGACACAUCUUUUGUACCAAACACCGGCAAGAAGAGCGGUAAACUGAAGACCAGCUACAAGCGGGAGUUCGUCAACGUGAGCUGUGACCUUGAUUUCGAGGGUCCGGUCGUUCAUUCUGCAGCUGUGUUGGGAUACGAAGGCUGGCUCUUGGGAUACUUGGUGGCGUUUGACACAGCCAAGUCCAAACUGGUGCAAAACAACUUCGCUCUGGGAUACAAGACUGGAGACUUCCAGCUUCACACUAAUGUUAAUGAUGGUGCAGAGUUUGGUGGAUCUGUGUAUCAGAAGGUCAGCGAUCAGCUGGAGACGGCCGUCACUUUAGCCUGGACCGCCGGCAGCAACAACACACGGUUCGGAGUUGCUGCGAAGUACCAGCUAGAUAAAGAUGCCUCGCUGUCUGCUAAAGUGAACAACGCGAGUCUGAUUGGAAUUGGUUACACUCAGAGUCUUCGACCAGGGGUGAAACUGACUCUCUCGGCUCUCGUUGAUGGGAAAAACUUCAACACCGGCGGACACAAGGUUGGACUGGGGUUUGAGUUGGAAGCGUAAAAACCGAAGAAGCGUCCUCACUUCCUCUCUCACAGCCCUUCUGCACUACAUCACACACUCUAGCACUCCACGACUCGAACACUUAGCAGCAUGUUGACGGUUUUCGCAAGUCUGUGUGUGAAUCGCCGAAAGAUCUGGCCUUCUAAGGGAAAUAUUUGCCGGUCACCUAAUUUAUUUAAUGAAGGCCGUAUAUUUACAGAGCACCUGCAGCAAACCAAAAUACACAAGUAGCGGUAGAUUAGCAAGCAUUGGGGAAUGUUUCUCUGGUGAUGUCAGCGCAUGCUAAGCACUUAUGUUUCGCAGCGGAGGUCAGAAACUGCACGAGGGUAGCUGAGGUUAUUUCUCAGGACGGUUGUUAGAGUGACGUUGCACUUCUUGGGUUUUAGGCUAUUGAGAGCGCUCACAGGAAACCGAAGAGACAGCAGACGCGUGUGUAUUUUUAGAGCUUGCAACACUUUCUUUUACAUUCAUUGAUGGUUAGAGAGCAACUCUGUAUUGUGGAGGAAAUCGCAAGUAGAAACCCACUUCAAAUGUGCUGCUGUGAGCAAUUGUAUUUAUAAAAUACCAACUGCUUUGGGUAAAUAUUAAUAUAAUUGUAUACUGGCCAUUUUCAAGGUGUUUCAAUUCCCACAGCUGUAUGUGUGCUUUAUUUAUAUAUACACACACACACAGUUGAAUUAUUCGCCCCCCUGUUUAUUUUUUUCUCCUCAAUUUAAUGGAGAGCAGAUUUUUCAACACAUUUCUAAUCAUAAUAGUUUUAAUAACUCAUCUCUAAUAACUGAUUUAUUUUAUCUUUGCCAUGAUGACAGUACAUAAUAUUUUAAUGAGAAUUAAGACACUUCUAUAUAGCUUAAAGUGACAUUUAAAGGCUUAAUUGGGUUAAUUAGGAUAACUAGGCAGGUUAGGGUAAUCGGGUAAGGUAAUAUAUAAUGAUGGUUUGUUUUGUUGACUAUCGAGAAAAAAAAUAUAGCUUAAAGGGGCUAAUAAUUUUGACCUUAAAAUGGUGUUUAAAAAAUUAAAAACUGCUUUUAUUCUAGCCGAAAUAAAACAAAUAAGACUUUCUCCAGAAGAAAAAAUAUUAUCAGACAUACUGUGAACAUUUCCAUGCUCUGUUAAACAUCAUUUGGGAAAUAUUUAAAAAAAGAAGAAAAAUUUAAUUUUAAAUUAAAGGGGGGUUAAAAAUUCUGACUUCAACUGUAUAUACACUGCAUUCGGAAAGUAUUCAUAGCGUUCACGUUUUCCACAUUUGUUUGUUACAGGCUUAUUCCAAAAUGGAUUAAAUUCAUUUAUUUCCUCAACAUUCUACACACAAUCCCCCAUAAUGACAAUGUGAACAAAGAGUUUUUGAAAUUUUUGCAAAUUUAUUAAAAAUAAAAAAGCUGAAAAAUCACCUGUACAUCAGUAUUCACAGCCUUUGGCGCGAAGCUCUAAAUUGAGCUCAGGUACUGUACAUUCUUCCAGCAGGACAAUGACCCAAAGCACACCAUCAAAAUAUCUAUGGCUUCACAACAACUCUGUGAAAUGUUCUUGAGUGGCCCAGUCAGAGCCCAGGCCUAAAUCCUAUUGAACAUCUCUGAAGAGAGAUCUGAAAAUGGCUGAACACCAUCACCUCCCAUCCAACCUGAUAGAGCUUGAGAGGUACUGCAAAGAGGAAUGGGCAAAAAUUCCCAAAUACAGGUGUGCCAAACAUGUGGCAUCAUAUUCAAAAAGACUUGAGGCUGUAAUUGCUGCCAAAGGUGCAUCAACAAAGUAUUGAGCAAAGGCUGAGAAUACUAAUGUAGAUGUGGUUUUUCAGCUUUUUUAUUUUUAAUAAAUUUGCAACAAUUUCAAAAACUCUUUUCACAUUGUCAUUAUGGGGGAUUGUGUGUAGAAUGUUGAGGAAAUAAAUGAAUUUAAUGCAUGUUGGAAUAAGGCUGUGACAUAAACAAAUGUGGAAAAAGUGAAGCGCUAUCAAUACUUUUCGGAUACACACACACACAAAAACUGUAUAGGUACAAAAGCUGUCACUGAGGUACAUUUUAGGUCCUAAUAUGGAACUUUUAGGUACUAGUAUAUUCACCUUAUUCUCAGCGGUCUUUUUGGCUCGAGUCUUCCGGUCUCAUUCAAUUCUAUUCAUUUUUAGACGUUAAUAUCAGCUUGUUAUGCUGCUAGAUGUUGCAAACUGAUGUUCUCAUAUUAUAUUAUUCUACUUUGUCUGUAUAGUCAUGCAAACACUUGCUUGUAAAUGUUUUCUGCCUAUUAUUAUCCCUAGUCAUUUCUCCCAUAGGCAACUGAAUUGGAAGUUCUUAAACAAUCAGAAAAAACAUGUGCACGUCCACAUUGAAGAGUAAGGUCUAUAACUUUAAAGGAGAUCUAUUAGGCCCCUUUUUACAAGAUGUAAAAUAAGUCCCUAGAGGACGACCCAGGAGUGUGUAUGUGAAGUUUCAGCUCAAAAUACUUCACAAAAAUGUUUUAAAGCUCUUUGAAAUUGACCCUUUUAGGCUUUGAUCCAAAUUGUGGCGUUUUGGUGACUGUCGCUUUAAAUUCAAAUGAGAUUGUGCUCUUUUCAAAAGAGGGUGGAGCUAUGAACGCCUAUGUGUCAGCAUAGUGGCAGAUUUAAAACUCUGAUGGUGGAUGGCUGCUUCACACUCAGGGCUGUUUAUGCUAAUGAGGGAGAGAUGGUCACUAAUGGGCGGGGCUUUUCCCCUUCUGAUGACAUGUACAAUGGGGUAAUGUCAAUCAAAUUGUUUCUGCAGACUGUUUUAUGAAGCGUGAUUAUAAAAAAUCAUAGAACGAAUAAAUGUGUAUCAUUAGAGGCUGGUUACAUUCACACACUGCUGCCACACAACUGUGUUUAAACCCCUUAUAAAAGUGAUUUUUGCAUAAUAGCUCCCCUUUAAGGUAUCAACAUGAAUUCUUUAGGUACUAACAUGUACCUAAGGGCAUCACCCCAGUGACUGCUUUUGUAAAUAUAUAUAUUUCUACAUUCAUACUACGGCGCUGUAGAAUGCUUGAUUCUGAUUGGCUGAUAAACAUUCUAAGGUAUCCCUGAACAGUCAAAGAUCACAUCAAAACAAGACUUGAGGCUUUGGAUGAGAUGCGUAUGAAACUAGUCCCACACAGAGGAGCUUUUUGAGGACAAAAACCUGACAAAUGUUUAAAACACACCAUCUGAACCCUGUCUUUAGUAGCAGUAACCGUAGUAUAAUAACACUGACUCAGUCUGGACUGGUGAAUUAUUAGAAAAUAAUGCACACCCAGGGUGUAAAGGACACUCAGCUACACAUCAGUACCUUAGGCAUGCAUAGGUUUGUCACAAUACUGGAAUUAGAUACCAAUCGGUACUGGAAUUUUAAAAACCACAAACAUUUGAGCAUCGCUGUUGAGCAUAUUCUUAAACAGUGCUGAUUUGCCAUUGUGCUCGCAUGCUCAACAGAAAUGGCUGUCAAGGUCAUCAAUUCACCGAACUCACCGCACUUUACUAAGUGUAACCACAGAUAAAAGGACACUGGAGCGUUUUAAAGUCACGUCAAUCAGCUGGUUUGUCCAGUCUCCCUGUAUCCGUGGUUACACUCGGUAAACAGUGGUGAGUUCAGAGAACUGAUGACCUUCACGGCCAAUCACAUCCAUUUCUGUUGAGCAUGUGAAGAAAAUGGCAAACCAGCACUGAACACGCUCAAAUGUUAGCGGGAAAUAAACGUUUUUAAAAUUUCGGUAGUGAUUUGCAUUGAUUUCCCGUAUCGUGACAACCCUAGGCGUGCAUUCUUUUUAUAAUAAUUUAAUGGCCUGUGUAUGUAUAGUGAAGCCCGAAAUUAUUUAUACCCCUGGCAAAUUCUGACUUACUUUUUAAGGUUUUUUUUGACCGGAAAUGUCACAGGCUUCUUUCAGAAGAUAAUAAGAUCAGGUACAAGAGGCAUCAGUGUGUAAAAAAAAUAUAUAUAUAUUUCUCAGCUUUUAUUUACAUUUGAACAAUAUUUUUUGAUGAUUUGAUGAUGAAAAUGUCUGAAUUAGAGCUGCACGAUUCUGGCUAAAAUGAGAAUUGCGAUUUUUUUUUUUUUUGCUUAAAAUAAAGAUCACAAUUCUCUCACGAUUCUGUAGAUGUAAAAUAAAGGUAUGGUAAAAACAAACAUCGAUAAUAAUAUUAUGUGUGGGUCUACUGGUUUUUAUAAAUAAUUCUAUUCUACUUAUAAUAAUUCUGAUGUUGAAUUAUUAUGUUUGAGAUAUGCUUGCAAUCUGUCAUAUUGAACAAUUUUAUUCUCUGGUAAAAUCAGACAUUUACCAUUAUCAGAUUAUUUUCAAUAUAUAGGCUAGAGUAGUUAUACUGACAUUGUAAACAUUUAUUUUCAUGCACAACAUCAUUAACUGAAGACAAAAAUGACAUUUUUAGGUGAAUUAUACCUUAUAAAUACAGUAUGUGACUCAUUCAACAUCAUUUGGAGGUGUCAGUCAGCAACGCAUGUAAAACAAUCAAAAAACUCGUGCAGCCGCCUUUUCUUCUCUCCUGAACUUGAAAAUAUGAUUGGCAGAAUCAUAGAAAUGCUGGAUUAAGAUCGUCUAGGGGUUGAAUCGAGAUUGCGAUCUUUUAACGAUUAAUUGUGCAGGUCUAGUCUGAAUUUUCCAGGGGUGUGAAUAAUUUCAGGUUUGACUGUGUAAAUAUACACACACACACACACACACACACACACACAUAGUCAAACUAAUUUUAGAACUGAAGACCUUGGUCUCUGUACCCCAUUUUCCAGUGGCAACUGAAAAAUUCUAAUAAAAAGUGAAAACAGUCGU